CUUCUCAAAUUGUCUUCUUCCUAUUUAACAAUCUUCAAACCGUUUUCUCAUUUGUCAUUUGAUUCAAUACCCACAUCACUUGUGUUUUUUUCUUAGUGACAAACUCGCAACAAGAACAAAUUAAAAUGAGUCGAUUUUGGACUUUUCUCACUCAUGUUCAUGGAAUUUCUGGGCCUGUCUUGAUGUUGCUGUACCCCUUAUAUGCAUCUGUGAUGGCCAUAGAGAGCCCUUCUAAACUGGAUGAUGAACAGUGGCUUGCAUACUGGAUUCUGUAUUCGUUUCUAACUCUUACAGAGAUGGUCCUCCAGUCCAUUUUAGAAUGGAUUCCAAUAUGGUAUACAGUGAAGUUAGUGUUGGUGGGAUGGCUAGUUUUGCCACAGUUCAGGGGAGCAGCUUUCAUAUAUGAAAGAUUUGUGAGGGCCAACUUGAAGAAAUAUAGUGGUGGAGUAAGCGAUCAUCAUCAUCAUGAUUCUCAUCAAACUUCGCAGAGUGUCAAGGGCAAGAACAAGUUUGUUCAGUUCAUAACCCCUAAAAAAGGAGAGCAUGAAGUUUACUAAAGCUGGGAGCUGAUAAAGAGGAGAAUUAAUUUCAAACUUGAUGACUGGUGCCUUGUUGCUUUCGGUUUCAGGCUUUUUUUCUUUGUUGGUUUUUGUAAAUAUUUUCAACUUUAAAUGACUCUAAUGUAUUACUACCUUUUACCGGUUAAAUGGGCACAUUUGUGCACUUUUAUGUUCUAA